UUUUGGGACCCAAUAGACGCUGACGUCGUGUUAUUUUUAUCAACGUUCGAUGAAUGAUAACGCCGAACGCAACCUAUAAACUCGCAGCUUACGUAUAAUUUCGUCAAUUUCGGCUGCAAAAUGAAUAAUUUGUUACUUUCCACGACAUCAUUUGCUUGAAUUUUCAUUUAAAAUUUCGAAUCACCUUCAUUCGGGCUUGUGACAGACGCAUGGUGAUCAUAUGAUACUUUGAAAGUUGAAAUUGUAAUUUUCACGCAGAUGGCUUUAAAAUGGGGAAUCGUAUCAGCAGGUCAAAUUUCGAACGAUUUCGCAGCCGCUUUGACACUCGCCUCCGAAAAUGAGCACCAAAUCGUCGCUGUAGCUGCCCGAAGUAAACAGCGAGCCGAAGAAUUCGCUAAAAAGUUCAACAUACCGCGAGCUUAUGGAUCAUACAAGGAACUGGCGGAAGAUCCAGAUGUUGACGUCGCAUACGUUGGUGUUUUUCACCCGGAACAUUUACGUAUCUCAGAACUGAUGAUGGAGCACAAGAAACACGUAUUGUGUGAAAAACCCCUGUGCGUCAAUUAUUCCCAAGCUUACAAAAUGAUAAAGACUGCUCAUCAGCACCAUGUGUUUCUGAUGGAAGGCAUCUGGAGCCGUUGUACGCCAAUUUACGAAAAACUCAGACAAGAGUUGAGCAGCGGUACAAUUGGUAGAGUACGUCAAGUGAUUGUCAAUUUUGGUGCCGUUGUCAACGCCGAACGUGUCCGGAGAAGAAUAUCUUGCGGCGGUGCUCUUCUAGAUAUUGGAAUUUAUAAUCUGCAAUUCGCCUUAUUAGCCUUUGGUCACGCGGAACCGAUAGAUAUUCAAGCCAUUGGUGCGUUAAAUGAAGACGGCGUUGACGAAUAUGCCAGCGUUAUUUUGAAAUUCGGCGAUAAAGGAGUAGCUACGUUGAAUUUUUCUGUGGUACAUCCUUUAGACAAUAACGCCAUAAUUAUCGGAACCAAAGGGCAAAUUACGAUCUGCAAUCCAUUUUGGGCACCAACUAAGAUGUACAUUAAUGACGAAAAAUUCGAAAUAAAACUGCAAGAGCCCGAGUAUCCGUGUAAUUUCGUAAAUAGCGGUGCAUUGAAAUUCGAAGCAGAUUAUGUAAAACAUUGCUUAGAAAAUGGUUUAUUAGAAUGUCCUUUGAUAUCACACGCGGAGUCAUUACUUUUGGCACGUCUGCAAGAUAAAAUCCGCAGAGAAAUUGGCGUCAAGUACGACCAAGAUGGUUGAAUCAGGUGUCUAGAAAAUGUCUGCAAUUAUUAUUAUAGGUAAAACUUCGUGCAAUUCUUUCAUUUUUUUUUUUUUUAUUAUUAUUUAUUCGUAUGUAUUUUACCAUUGGAAACGAUUCACACGAGCGUCCAAACUUUCAAAUUAUUCCUAUAAUUUAACAGAAUUUCCUAUUUUAUAUAUUCGUAAUUUUAUUCUAUAAGUACCUGUACUCUGAUACCGUGCCAUUUUCAUUCGUUAAAAUGUUGGCAGUUGUUUUAAAAAGGGUCUUAUAUUUCAGUAUUAUUUUUAUCCUUGAAUACUAUUUAUGUUUUAUUACUGGUGAUACCUAUUUAUAUUGUUUUUGAAUUUUUUAUCGCUAAAAUCUUUCGCUAGACCGUAAAUAUUUUGGGUGAGAUUUUUAUUGUAAUAUAUUCGUGCGAAUAAAAUUUUUUUACGAUUUGUUAUGAGAAUUCAAAUAAAUAUUUUAUUUGAAA